CUUCUCUCUCUACUCUCUCUCAUAUUUCUCUCUCUAACCCCCCAAAAAACACACACACACGCAUACACAUUUUUGCUUCUCUCUCCUUCUUUUCUCAGGUUUGCUUAAUAAAACCCUAAUUUUUGUAUCGUUCUCUCUGUUUACUCUCACUUCACCAGAGAAAAUCUCUAGGAAAAAGAAUUGAGAAAUCAAGGGUUGGGAUAUAUGUCCUUCAAUCAAACAAAGCCGGAUAAGAGCGAGAACUAUAAUCGGAAACCCGGGCGACCCCAGAGCUCCACUCACCUGCGGGGACCCUCAGGCGCUUACGGUAGGGGAAGCGGCGGGACCGCCCCUUCACCGUUAAUAAGUCGUGGCAAGAAGUCUUAUCACAAUGCACAAGGAGCGCAACCUAGGGCAAAUGUACCGAAUGUAAAUACUUCUGAUAGUAAUUUUUCAACACUUCGUGGAGUGCAAAAUGGUGCCCAUGUACAGCCCCCACUACACGGAGCAUCUGAUGCACCGGUUAAUGUCCCAGCUGCUAAGCAAGCUGAAACUUCGGCAUCUCAAAGAAACUUUCGAGUUCCGAAGGCACCAACUUCACAACAUGCCACGGUGACCUGUGAGAGUACAGCCACCACUACUCCGACAAAAGCUCCAGAUGAUGGAUCAAAGGCUGUAACGUUCCAAUUUGGUUCGAUAAGUCCGGGUUUCAUGAAUGGAAUGCAGAUUCCUGCUCGUACAAGCUCCGCUCCCCCGAAUUUGGAUGAGCAGAAACGUGACCAGGCACGUCAUAAUUCUGUUGUUGUGCCUUCAUUGCCUACUCCAAAUGUUCCUAAGCAGCAGUUGCCUAGGAAGGAUCCUGUUUCUGUUGAUCAGCUCAAUACACAUGAGGCACAUUCAUUGCCUAAGGUUAAAAAGGAUGUGCAAGUCUCUCCAGCACCUCCUGCAAGUCAAACUCAUAAACCCUCUGGUCUUCCAAUGACUGGCAUUUCUAUGUCAAUUCCAUUCCAUCAACCCCAAGUUCCAAUGCAAUUUGGUGGACCCAACCAACCGAUUCAAUCUCAGGGUGUGCCAGCCAAUUCUCUUCAAAUGCCAAUGCCUUUGCCAUUACAAAUGGGAAAUGCCCCUCCAGUACAGCCACCGCCUAUGUUUGUACCUGGUCUACAAGCACACCCAAUGCAACAUCAGGGAAUGAUGCAUCAAGGACAGAACCUGAGUUUCACAUCUCAAAUGGCUCAGAUGCCACCACAGUUGAGCAACAUAGGCAUGAUUGCUCAGCAAUACUCUCCUCAGCCUGGAGGAAAAUAUAGUGCUCCUCGUAAAACUACUGUCAAGAUUACUAACCCAAAGACACAUGAAGAGGUUAGGUUUGACAAACGGUCGGAUGGAUUUUUAGAUAGUGGAUCAUCUGGCCCUAGGUCUCAUCCUAAUGUUCCGCCUCAAUCUCAGCCGGUUCAAACCUUUCCAGGCUCUCAUACCAUCAAUUAUUACCCAACCUCCUAUAAUUAUUUUUCAACUCAAAGCUCUCAUCCUUUAACAAGUGGCCAGAUCCCACCUAGUUCUCAGGCACCAAGAUUUAACUAUCCAGGUAGCCAGGCUCCCCAGGGUGUAACUAUUAUGAAUCCACCAGCACUAUCUGUUAAUAAAUCUGGUACCCAUAUGCAUGGAGUUUUGGAACCAGCAAACCUGGAACAUACACGUGAUGCACACAACUUCAUCUCAUCUGUGCCAUCAGGAACAACACAUGUGAUAGUUAGACCCAGUGCUGGAUCUGUUGGAGAGAAGGUAGAGGCAGUGUCAAUUAAUUCAACCACCGUUGAAAAAUCUGAAAUGCCCAAGCCUGUAAGGUUGUCUGCGGAAGUGAGCAGUUCUCAGUCUCUCAGAGAUUCUGAGAUUUCUACAGAUAGAUCUUUACGACAAUCAAAAGCUGGCAGUGACUCAAUUGUUUCUAAAGCUGCAGUGGUGGCUGAUUCAUCUACUGCUACACCUGCUGCUGUUAUUGUUGGACCCCAGGACAACUCUUCUGUACCAGUUGAGCCUGAUGCAGCUAUAGAACAGGAGAAGAAACAGUUGAGAACAGGAUUUUCUCAGUCACAGGUUGGUGGACAAUCUAUUUCUGUGUCAAGCUUGCCUUCUCAGACUUCAGAACUUUGUCUUUCAUUGGAAAGUGGUGCAUCAGAAAUAAUGGAGUCUAGUCCAACUCUUACAUCUCUGGUGAGUAACAAAGACGUUUCAGAAUCAACUGAGGAAUCUCUGUCAACUCCCAGGGCUGACACUACUGAUGCUUCUGUACCAAAGGCUGAGAGGAUUAUAGAAAGCAGUUCAAGUAUUUCAUCUGAAAUUUCUGGUACAGAGACUGCUGUUGAUAAAUCAGGCUCUCUUAUUAGCAAGGAAGAAAAAGCAGAAAAAACAUUGUCUGUGGAGCCUGUUAAACAAGGUCGGCAGGUGUUUGAACCAGAAGAAACUGCUAAAAGCAUUGAUAUAUCACCAUCAGAAACUACUGGAGUUUUGAUGGAUGGACCAGGGAGUCCUUGCACAGAAUAUGACAUGGUCGGUAAUAAAGUUGUUGAAAGUUCUUCUGAGAUUUCAUCUAAUGUUGAUACCUCUUCUAGUAGAGGUGACAGCAUCAGUAAUAAUGAAGUUUCUUUACCAAAUUCUGGAGGAGUGGAGCAGUCCCAGGCUCAGGUUAUUGAGCCUGCAAAACAUGAAGGUGGAAGUAUGGAGAGUGUUGGUGGGGGAAGCGUGGAAAACCUCAGUGGUGCUGAGGUUUCAGUUCCAGGAGCUUGUAAAGAUAGGCCCGCUUCAGAAUUGAGUAGGACAAAGAGUACUCUUGCCAAAGGGAAGAAGAAACGAAAAGAAUUACUUCAGAAGGCAGAUGCUGCUGGGACAACAUCUGAUCUUUAUAUGGCGUACAAGGGCCCUGAAGAAAAGAAGGAAAGUGUUGUGGAUUCUGAGGGCACUUCUAGCAGGACAAAUUCUAAUCAGGUUACUGUUGAUGUACCUGUUGAAGAUGUUGCUCUUGUUGAAAAAGAUACAGGGGCUAAAUCUGAGCCUGAUGACUGGGAAGAUGCUGCUGACGUUUCUAAACCAAAGUUGGAAACUGUGGAUAAUGGUGAACAUGCACGGCUUGACAAUGAUGAUAACAAAAAUACAUUAAAAAAGUAUUCCAGAGAUUUUCUCUUAAAAUUUCGUGACCAGUUUACUGAUGUUCCAAAGAAUUUUGAAAUUACAGCUGAUAUAUCAGAUUUACUACUGAGUAAUGUUGCGUCUCAUCUUGAACGCAAUUCGCUUCCUAGUCCAGGAAGAAUUGUUGAUAGGCCUGGUGCACCUCGACUAGAACGCCGUGGAAGUGGAAUGAUGGAGGAUGACCGAUGGAGUAAAGUGCCAAGUCCUUAUGGGGCUGGACGCGAUUUGCGCUUGGACAUAGGUUUCGUACCUAAUGCUGGUUUUCGUCCGGGACCAGGUCAGGUGGCGAAUUAUGGUGUUUUGAGGAAUCCAAGAGGUGGGCAGACACCUGUUCAGUUUGUACCAAUAGGAGGGAUCCUUUCUGGUCCUAUGCAGUCUUUAGGGCCUCAGGGGCCAAUGCAAAGAAACAGUCCUGAUUCUGAAAGGUGGCAGCGAUCCACCAAUUUCCAUCAGAGGGGUUUAAUUCCUUCUCCACAAACUCAGUUACUGAUGAUGCACAAAACUGAGAAGAAGUAUGAAGUGGGCAAGGUUACAGAUGAAGAGCAGGCCAAGCAAAGGCAGUUGAAGGGUAUAUUAAACAAGUUAACUCCCCAGAAUUUUGACAAGCUGUUUGAGCAAGUAAAAGCUGUUAAUAUUGAUAAUGCUGGCACACUUCGUGGUGUUAUUGCACAGAUCUUUGACAAAGCUCUUAUGGAGCCUACUUUCUGUGAGAUGUAUGCUAACUUUUGCUUUCACCUUUCUGGAGAGUUGCCUGAUUUUAGUGAAGAUAAUGAGAAGAUAACUUUUAAGAGAUUACUUCUCAAUAAGUGCCAGGAGGAAUUUGAGAGAGGAGAAAGAGAGCAAGAGGAAGCCAACAAAGCUGAUGAGGAGGGCGAGGAAAAACAAUCUGAAGAGGAAAGAGAAGAGAAGAGGAUCAAGGCAAGGAGACGGAUGUUGGGUAAUAUUAGGUUGAUUGGGGAGUUGUACAAGAAGAAAAUGUUGACAGAAAGAAUAAUGCACGAGUGCAUUAAAAAACUGUUGGGUCAACAUCAGACUCCUGAUGAGGAAGAUGUUGAAGCUUUAUGUAAGCUGAUGAGCACAAUUGGGGAGAUCAUUGACCAUCCAAAAGCCAAGGAGCAUAUUGAUGCGUAUUUUGAUUGGAUGAAAACUUUAUCAAAUAAUAUGAAACUAUCAUCUAGGGUUAGAUUCAUGUUGAAGGAUGCAAUUGAUCUUAGAAAGAAUAAAUGGCAGCAAAGGAGGAAAGUUGAAGGGCCAAAGAAGAUUGAGGAAGUGCACAGAGAUGCUGCUCAAGAACGACAGGCACAAACAAGUAGGCUCAGUCGUGGUGCAAGCAUUAGUACACCAAGAAGGGGGCCUAAUAUAGAUUAUGGUGCAAGAGGGUCAUCUAUGCUAUCUUCUCCAAGCUCUCAGAUUAGUAGCUUCCGCCCAAUGCCUGGCCAGGUUCGUAGUUUUGGCAACAGUCAGGAUGUUCGAGCAGAUGAGAGACCGUCUUUUGAGGGCAGGACCUUGUCUGUUCCCUUAACUCAAAGAACUAUUAGUGAUGAAGCUAUUACCUUGGGUCCCCAAGGUGGUCUAGCAAGAGGAAUGUCCAUUAGAGGACCGCCUUCUAUGUCAUCUGCAUCAAUGGCUGAUGUUGCACCGAACAGUGGAGACUCUAGAAGAAUGGCUGCAGGUAUAAAUGGUUAUGGUUCUGUCUCGGACCGGGGUUACAGUCCUAGUAGUGACCACACUUCAAGAUUUAUCCCAGAUAGAUUUUCAGGCCAAUCUGCUUAUGAUCAGUCAAGUGCGCAAGAGCGAAAUAUUAAUUAUGGUGGUAGAGACCUCAGAAAUACAGAUGCUUUUGAUAGGUCUGUUCCAAAUUCGCCACCUACACGUGGGCAGGCAACAACUCCCACCCAGAGUAAUCCCACAGAGAAGACGCUGCCUGAAGAACAUCUGCGCGAGAAGUCAAGGACAGCUAUUAAAGAAUUUUACAGUGCUAGCGAUGAGAAAGAAGUUGCCCAAUGCAUUAAAGAGUUGAACUCCCCAAGCUUCCAUGCGACAAUGAUAUCUUUAUGGGUCACAGACUCUUUUGAGGAGAAGGACUUACAAAGAGAACUUUUGGCGAAACUUCUUGUUAGUCUUAGAAAGUCUCACGGUGAUACUUUGAGUCAGUCACAGCUCUUUAAAGGGUUUGAAUCGGUUCUGUCAAAUUUUGAGGAUACCGUAACUGAUGCCCCAAAAGCACCAGAGUAUCUUGGUCGAAUCUUUGCCAAAGUUAUCACGGAGAAUGUGGCUUCUUUGGGUGAGAUUGGUAAGUUAAUACGUGAUGGUGGUGAGGAGCCCGGCAGUCUUGUAGAUGCAGGGCUUGCAGGCGAUGUUCUUGGAAACACAUUGGAGAUUAUUAGAUCUGACAAAGGAGACAGUGUUUUCAAGGAGAUUAUUGAGAGCUCUAACAUGCGUUUGGAAUCAUUCCGGCCUCCGGAACCCCUAAAGUCAAGAAUACUAGAGAAAUUCAUUUAGGGAUAGCGAUGAUGAUGAUGAUGCUCAUUGUAAUCUUUUGGUAGAAAAAGCUGUUAGAGUACUUUAUUAAUUUGCAUAAAUAUUUUUGUUGGUGGGCUCGGGAGAGAGGUAAUUUAUAUAAUGGGGUUAUCCCUCUCAAUGUUUUUAAAAUAUUUUUUCUUCCAAAAAUCUUUACUGAAAAAUUUAUGAAAAGGUUCAAUUAAGCAUCCAAUUUAUGUAGUCUGCUUUUCCUUUUGGUGAGUGAUCUUAACAAAGUUUUGUUCAUUAUUUUGAAAAAAAAGACCGAGAACGCUAGUAAAAUUGUAAUAUUAUUGCUUGGAGGUUGGGAUCUGCAAGAAAUACUUAUUUCCUUAGACA